GAGAAAAAAUUAUUUGAUUUGGAGGGGUCAGGUCACCCAACACAAUUUCUGGCAUUUUCUUCAAUCUUGCUUUGUUUUGUUCUUGCCACCAUUAAAUUAAUAAACUAUUCUAGCCCCCACUUAACUCUUGAUUAUUAGUAGUAUUAUCUGAGUUUCAAAUUGAUUAUAUAAUGUUAUGUGCCCCCUUUCAUGCGGGUAGCUUGUCUUGUUCAUCUCUAACCUCUAACAAUAUCAUAUCAUUAUCUCCACUCAACCCUUUCUUAUUUCACUAUUAUUAUUAUUAUUAUUAUUAUUAUUAUUUUGCAUUACAUUAGCCCAAUUCAAACAACUUUGUGGAGUCUGGAGAUCUGUCGUCUUCUUCCUCCUCUUCUCUGUAAACUAAAUACUAUCCUCUCUUUUGAAGCAAAGCUGCUUCAGACUUUCUUGCUUUUUCUCCAUUUCUCUUUAUUCUCUAUUCUCUCGGCUUUUGGGAGAUUUGUCAUCAGAAUCAGUGAAAAAAAUGGGGUUUUCGAGGAAUGCUUGCCAAACUAAAUUUCUUACCUCUACCGAUCACGAAGAUUCCGACGAAUUCGACGACCAGAACGACGCCGUAAAGUUCGAGUCGUUUCUCUACAAAAUGAUCUGGGACUUCGGAUUAGCCUGCGCCAUCCCUCGCCGCCGGCAACGGACCUCCGGCGCCGACGACGAGCUUAACCCAAAAUUUGACCACAACAAAGCCUGGCUCCUGGCGGAAUCCGGCGGGUGCGGCGGCGAUGAACCCUACUCCGGCCACUCCUCCUUCCGCUUCUGCUUAUGCUCCCAGGUCGAGCUCGAAUCCAUGGCGGUCCACCCCACGCGCUCUGCUACUGUCCUCAUGGUUAACCUCGACAACGGCUCCUUAAUCGAUUCGAACCUUCGAGAAACAAAAUGGAAACGCCUCGAAUCUCUCGAACGAAGCAUUUCCCCCGUCGCACACUCUCUGGUCCGAUUCACCUACUCCCAAAUCCUCUCCGCCACCAGGAAUUUCUCCAAAGGUCGAGUUUUAGGCAGAGGAGCGUUGAGCUGCGUCUUUUGGGGCCGCGUCGGAUUCCUCAAAACCGCCGUCGCCGUCAAACGUCUGGACAAAGAAGAUAAGGAAUCUUCCAAAGCUUUCUGUCGGGAGCUCAUGAUCGCCAGCUCUCUCCACAAUCCCCACAUUGUUCCUCUCCUCGGAUUCUGCAUCGAUUCCGACCACGGCCUGUUUCUGGUCUACCGGUUCGUCUCCGGCGGCAGCUUAGACCAGUUUCUGCACGGUAAGAAAAAGUCCGGCGCCGCCGCGGCGCUACUGACGUGGCAAGUCCGGUACCGAGUCGCCGUGGGGAUCGCCGAGGCGAUCGAAUAUUUGCACAAUGGAACAGAACGAUGUGUUGUUCAUAGAGACAUUAAGCCUUCUAACAUCCUCCUUUCGUCGAAGAAGACACCGAAGCUGUGCGACUUUGGUUUGGCGACGUGGACUCCGGCGCCGUCAGUGCCGUUUCUUUGCAAGACCGUUAAAGGCACAUUCGGGUAUCUCGCACCGGAGUAUUUCCAGCACGGGAAAGUUUCGGACAAGACUGACAUUUACGCCUUCGGCGUCGUGCUGUUAGAACUCAUCACCGGACGGAAGCCAAUCGAAUCCAGACGAGGUCCCGGCGAGGAAAACUUGGUCUUAUGGGCUAAGCCUCUGCUGCAGCAAGGAAAUGUCGAAAAACUCCUUGACUCGCGACUAAAGCUCCGGCGCAGGAACAUGAGCCAGGUGGCGAACAUGGUCAGAGCAGCCACGGCUUGCAUACACAACGAGGAGUCGAGGCGGCCCGACAUGGCAGAAAUCGUCGCCAUACUUAGAGGAAAAUCCGGCGACGGGAUAAAUAGAAAGAAGAGCUUAAGUAGCGCAGCCGAGCAUCACAACUCGCAGCUGCAGCGGACAAAGAGCGAAAUGAAGAGCCAUUUCGCGCUGGCGAUGCUGGGAGUCGAGUUCGACGAGGACACUCACCUUCAGUGCCGCUAAUCCGUCGUUGUCAACGACGACGAAUUUUUUUUUUUUUUUUUUAAAAAAUAGAACUUUAUCAUGUCUCUGGUUUUAGUAGCAAGGAAGAUGUGGUUUUUGUAACCAGUAGGACUGAUUAUAAUGGCUAUUUGUAUGUUGUAUAGUUUUGCAUCCUCCCUUUUAAAAUUUCUGAAUUUAGAAAGGGAGAGAUGACAUUUUUAUUUUUUUUUUUCAUUUUUUUUUUUUUUUGGAUUCUUGUUUGUUCAGUAAUCAGACCAUGUGCCAUGUUCUUGGUAAUAAUGUAGUGGCCAUGUGGUGUGUGGUUUGUACUAAGAUUGAAAAUG